GAUUUGAUUGCUGGUUACCGGAGGAAAUGCAGCUGAGAUUUCGAUCAGUUGUUCCCUAUACAUUGCCUGGAGUACUUGCACUGAUCGGGUGGUGGUGGUACACCUCCCGGAAGAAAGAACGACUUAUCAGCCAAGAGGGCUCAGAGGGGCCUCCAACUGCUGAGAUCCUUAAAACUUCUCAAACAGAGGACAGAAAUGGGUUGGUUGAGAAAGACACUGGUUCGUCCCCACAUGAAGAGGAAAUCCCAUCCCACAAACCCUUAAAACUCAACAGCCAUGGAUCUCAACAAGAAUUUAUUUCCCAAGUCCACGUCCAGGACAUGGAAGCAGCACCUUUAUCAUCAAAACAUUGUGAAGAUGCUGUUGCCUCUAGUGGCAGAAACCGAGGUGAAGUCAAUGAACCCUCAAACUUGGCUUUACUAUCAUUUAAUAAAGAGGAUAUGUCAGAAGAUUCGUUUAAAGACCUUAAAGACUCAUCCCUUGUUCCAAUUGGACAACUGGAGGAACACCUUGACAAAGAUUCAGCAAAUGCUCCUGAAGCCUCAGUAGAAGAAGUUAACUUGUCUUGCCAUUUUACCAAAGUCAUCAGCUCCUCGUUGACAGCAGCACACCUUUCUGAUGCACAGAGGCCAGAACCAGAGGGGGAAGUAGCUACGCAUCAGAACAUUGCUCAAACACAAGAAGAGGUGGCUCUCGCACCAUCCAAAGUGUCUAGGGUUGUUCAUUUAGAGGCAGACUCUCUGGAGAGUCCCCUGUCAGUGGAUUUACACAAACACUUACUCACCAGUACCCCUACAGCUCUUACCUUCAGAGUCCAGGACCCCAGCACCACAUGGAGAGCCUCAGAGGAUUCCCAUAUUGGGAGUACUCAAGAAGAGCAUAAUCUAGAGCUUCUGGCAGCUGGACUUAUAACUGAGGUCAUCUCGGCAGCCACCCAAGAAGUCCUUGGUGUCACCAGUUGCAAAGUCACACAGAACAACCAACUGAGCUCCAGUAGUUGUGUACUACUGGCCAGUGAAAAGACAUGUUCACAUGAAGAGCCAAUUCCAGCAAUACAGCAACACAGCUGGCACAAGAGAACCUGUGGAGAGGCAGCAGAAAUGCAAGGAGUGUCUGCCAGUAGCUCCAUGACUGCAGCACGAGGAGCUGCUGAGACCACUGAUGAGAUUCAUGAAAUCAAUGGUGCACAGAGCAGUCUUUGGCCAGCACAGCUACAUCAAGCAACAGUGCUGACCACAAAACAAAGACACAACGAAGAUUCAACCUGCAGCACCUGCCUCUCUGAGGAUGGUGUCAACAGAGAGGGCAUGCAGAGCAGCUCUUCUGAAACUCAAACUGAUUUGAUCCAAGUUACAGACUUGUCUUCAAGAGAAACAGUGCAGCUGGAGUCACUAGUGGAGACCAUGACUGAAGCAGCUGAGGAGGACUUUGCGGAUGCUGUGUGUGUUAUAAGGAGACAUAAUGGGAUAAGCUCUAAGGAUGGAGCUCAUCGAACAUGCGAGGUGGACACAGAUCAAUCCGGAGUUGGUGUCAUCUGUGCAGCUCCAGCAGUGGAAGGAGCCUGGUGGAGAGCUCAGGUCAUUACAUUCUACAAAGAAACAGAUGAAGUGGAGAUCAGAUACGUUGAUUAUGGAGGCUACGACAGGGUAAAGAUCGACUUGCUGCGACAAAUCAGGUCUGAUUUUGUAACACUUCCAUUUCAAGGAGCAGAGGUCCUGCUGGACAACAUCGCCCCACUUCCAGGGGAGGAUCGUUUCUUAGCUGAAGCUACAUCAGCUUUGGAGGAAAUGACUAGAGGUGUUCCUUUGCUAGCGCAGGUCUCAAACUACGAUAACAACACGGGUCUUCCACUUAUCCACCUAUGGAACAUGGUUGGAGAGGAGGUGAUUUCAGUGAACCGGACCCUGGCAGAAAGGAACCUGACUGUUUGGGUUGAUGGGUUCUGAUGUCCUGGGAUCAUCUGAGCUCCACACGUUCUCCUCCGUUCCUCUCAUGUGGUCAGCAGUCUGGAGAGUCUGAGGGCCUUAAAUCCACCAGGCACAUUACUGGAUCUGAGAAGACCUCCCCACCCCCCAGCCUUUCUCACUCCCCUUAACUAUUCUUUUCCAUGGUUUUUUUUUUUUUUUUUUUUUUUUUUUUUGGGAA